AGGGUUAUUUAAUCAAGUAUGUUAGUCAGUUAGUAGUUGCAAAGAAGUAUUCAAUUAUAAGUAUCAAACAGACUUCACAACAUGAGUAAUCCUGAAAUGCCGUAUUUCCCACAAGCAAACUACUCUAGAAAUUCAAUACCAAAUGCCAACUGGAAUGAUUUCUCGCAAAAAAGCCCACUCAAGCAACAGCAUUUGUUAAACAACAAUGAGGGCACCCCAGAAGCUAAUCGGGGAUUAACACAAUCAACAACAGAUCUUCAUCAAUAUCCGGUUUAUCCUAAUACUCUCAAUUGUAUGGAAGGACGUAAUUCAAAUCAAUCCUUUCAGAAUUCUACACCAUCAUCUGGGUUAUUCACUAUUCCUUCAGGAACUCAAAAUCAGCAACUAAAUUGCUCGGUUCCACAGCUUGUAUCAGCAACUCCACCUGAUUAUGGUAUAAAUGGUCUGCCUGUUACUACCAAUAAUACGAAUUUAGCGUACAUACCCACCACCAGGCCUACAUCAGGUUUUCUUCAUCCGCCUCGGCCGUAUGAAACAAAUCCACAUUUGCAGUCUUUUCCAACCACAAAUACUAUUUCCAAUUCAUCCUUUCAUGCAAGUUCUUACUCGGAUUUUAAUGCAUCUAAUCAAUACAAUCCGUCGGUUUAUAGUCCCCUACAUUCACCUACUAUGGAAAAUAAUCAGGUCUAUACUUCACAAGGUGGUUCUACUUCAGUGUGUGACUACACUGUUUAUUCUCAGCCUUCGAACUUCGAGUGUCGUUCAUCCGUUCCGUUAAAUUCAGGUGGUCACCCCACAUCAGAGUUUACCAAUAUGCAAGCAGUUUCUCAAGUUUAUGGUGAGCAACAACAACAUUCAUCUCUUAAUCCUCAAUUUGAUAAACCUAGUCCCGUGUUGCCCACAAAUCCAAGAACACUUACUCCUGGACAGAAUGUACUACCUUCCACAACAGCUUAUAAUAUGGACCCAUCUGUUAAAUCGCCUAGUCUCUACCCACCACAUGUCACGAAUGAGGUGCAUGCAAUUUCCAAUUCUGUCGGAUCGUAUGGAAUGACUCCACCAUUACCUCCAGUUCCCAUGAUGACCAAUAAUACAACACAUCAAAGUCACCCGCAACCACCUCUUCCAAGACCUGGAAAUACUCUACAGUCUGCCACACCUCGACAUACAGCUUAUGAACAAUCCGGUGUUUUUCGAACACCAGGAACUGCAGCGUCUGUAUCUGACUGGAACAGUUUAAAAACACCAAUCAACCUUCUUCAAGAACGUUGUUUGUUACCAUCAGAUGGACCUGAUCUACCACCCAAACCUGCAUUGACUACUCCAAUUAAUUGUGAUCAAGACGUGAUGCGAUGUACGUUAACAAAUGUUCCAUCAACUUCAAAACUUUUGACUCAGUGUCGUUUACCUCUUGGUCUUGUUAUGCAUCCGUUUCGAGAUAUGAGUAGUCUACACACUAUUAGUUCAACUACCAUAGUACGUUGUAGGUCUUGUCGUACUUAUAUCAACCCGUUCGUACAGUUUAUGGAUUCCGGUCGACGCUGGAGGUGUAGUGUUUGCUUUCUGGCUAAUACUAUCCCAGAUGAAUUUUACUAUGACCCUGGAACUCAAACUUUUGGUGACCCUUCUAGAAGACCCGAAAUUCGUUCUGCUACUGUAGAAUUUAUUGCGCCUUCAGAAUAUACAGUUCGUCCUCCUCAACCGGCUACUUACCUUUUCUGUUUUGAUGUCAGUCAUAAUGCAAUUGCUACUGGUUAUUUACAGCUUGCCUGUAAACGUUUAGAAGCGUUGAUUGAUCGGAUCCCAGGUGACUGCAGACGUCAAAUAGCCUUUAUGACCUUUAAUUCUAGUGUUCACUAUUACAAACUUUGCGGGGAAACUAUGAGAAUGCUAAUUUGUCCUGAUUUAGAGGAAAUAUUUCUACCUGAUGAUGAAGGUUUGAUUAAUAGAGUUGAAGAUUCGGUUGAUUCACUACGUGAUUUUCUUCUGCAUUUACCUGAAAAUUUUAUUGGUACAAAUGAUACAGGAAAUUGUCUCGGAUCUGCUUUACAGGCUGCUCUGAAGCUGAUUGGUGCAGUAGGUGGUCGGAUAACCGUAUUCACUACUUGUCUACCAACAGUUGGUUCAGGUGCUCUCAGUUUGCGAGAAGAACCAUGUGAUCGGAGUUCAGUCGAUGUGAAGCACUUGGGCCCAUCAACUGACUUCUAUAAAACAUAUGCUUUGGAUUGUUCACAUAAACAGGUAGGAGUUGAUAUGUUUAUUUUCAAUUCUCAAUAUUGUGACAUUGCCACAAUAUCUGGAGCUAGUCGAUAUUCAAGUGGAACAGUUCAUCAUUAUCCAGACUUUUAUUAUACACCAGAUGAGGAUGAACAUAUAUUUCACACUGAUGGUAAAACUAAUGUUACGUCAGAUGAUUGUAAUAAACAACAAAAAAAUGUAUGUGUUGGAGUGGAACAAUUUCGUCGAGAUUUCGACCGGUAUUUAACCAGAAAACUUGGCUUUGAAGCUGUUAUGCGCAUUCGAUGUACUCAAGGUUUAGCUAUUCAGACUUUCCAUGGUUCGUGUUUUGUACGUUCUACGGACUUGAUUGCUUUACCAAAUGUGAGCCCUGAUUCUGGUUAUGCUGUCCAGUUAGAUUUAUCUGAAAGCUUAGAAAAAUGUGCUACAGUCUGUUGCCAAGCUGCUGUAUUAUAUACGUCAUCGAAAGGUGAUCGUCGCAUUCGUGUACAUACUUUGUGCUUACCAGUUGUACACACAGCAACGGAAGUAUUUCAAGGAGCAGAUCAAGGUGCAAUAGCUUGUCUUCUAAGUAAAAUGGCUGUUGAUCGGACGAUAUCUUCUGGUCUUUCAAACGCUAGAGAAGCUUUAGCGAAUGCUGUAGCAGAUGCUUUAUCAGCAUAUGCUACCACUUCUGGUAUUACACUUAACAGUAACUCAACAGCUUACGGUCUACCUUGUCCACCGAAUCUACGACUGCUUCCUUUGUAUAUUUGUGGUUUGCUUCGUUUUAAAGCUUUCAGAGUUGGAGUAACAACACGUUUAGAUGAUAGAUCAGCUGCUCUAGAGCGAAUUAAAACUGCUCCUCCUACUGAUUUAUUAACUUUAAUAUAUCCAAAGUUAUAUGCUGUACAUCGUUUCGUUUCAAAACCUUUGUCUUCUCAUACAACCCUUGCACAAAAAGCUGCUAGUCUUCGUUUAGUUGAUCAUGAUGACGACCAACGUCCUUCUGAUUGUGACGGGACAUCUUCUUCAAAUGGAAGUGAAAGUAAUUCAGAAGCUGACCAAUUACCAUGUCAAUUACACUUGUCCGCUCAAUAUAUUACACGAUCUGGUGUAUUUUUAUUGGAUACUGGUGAACUUUUAUUACUAUUAGUUGGCUGUGGUGAAGAUGUUUCUCCAGGAUCAAACAAUGAUUCUGACAUUUUACGUCAACUUCUUGGUAUUUCAUCACCACGUCAACUCCCUGCACAAGGUGGUCCUUUCAUAUUACCACCCAUUAAUUUAUCUAAUGAAAAACAAAAUACAAUUACUAAUGAUAAUACUUCUAUUCCAAUUGGCCGUCGUAGGUUAUCUGCUCUAAUAAACCUGAUUCGAAGACGUCGACCAAUUAAUAAUGCUUUAGUUCUUAUGCGUCAUGAUUCAUCGUCAAAUCUUAGAUCACUUUUCUUAUCUUGUAUGGUUGAAGAUAAAACAGAAUCAGCUCCAUCGUAUCAGGAAUUCCUUCAAAUGAUUCAGAAUUUAGUCAGAACAUAAUUUUUAAAGUGUGUUUAUGUUAUUAUACUUUCUUUUCUUGUGAUAAUAUACCUUCAAGGUUUGAUGAUGAUUAUGUAAAAAGGGAACGAAGUUGUUCAUCUCUUUUUUUUGGUGCCUUUAUAGUUCAAACAGUAGUGAUAAAUUAAUCGGCUUAUGCCUGAAUAUAGUGUAUUUUCUUCUUUUCAGUGUAUCCUUUUUUUUAAAUAAAAAAGAGAACAAAUUUUGUAAUCAGAUUGAUCAAUUUUAAAAAUGAUAUUAAUAUCACUAUGAUCCAUCAUUAACAACUUGAUUGUUUUACAAAAUUUGUUGAUUGCUUCACAUUUAUUUACCCCCUUUCUCUCUCUCUCUCUCUCGGUUUUCCUGUGCUUUUUGUUAUUUUAUUUCAAAAAUGUGAAUAAUUAUUAAUAGUUCGAACCAAUUAAUUAUGCUAACAGAACAAGAGCAUUAUCUUUAGGAGUAAUUUAUAAUCAAUUAAUUAUUUAUCUGUCUAACUAAUCGAUCAAUUAUUACUAUCCAAAGUUUUCUUUACUAAUAAUAUUUUUUCUAAAAAAAAUUGGUUGUUUUUUCUCUUUACUACCAGCAUACUUCAUGAAGUUGAAGUAGAUUUUUUGUUUCUCUUAAACAUUUCCUUCUUGAACUAAUUUUUGUUUUAACUUCCUAUAGUGUUAUGAUUUAACAUCUUUAUUUUAAUUGUUUCUCUUGGAACUCUAUAAAGAUCCACUUAUUGUAUUAUGGUGUAAUAAUUUAAUACAUGUGUUUUGUGCUAAUGGUUUGAUUCAGUUCUGUUAAACUGUGAAAGCGCACAUACAUAACUAUUCGUUAUAUACGUGUUGUUUGUUCAUUUCGCCUGUGUAUUAUACUGAGUGAAUACUUAAAUUUUAAGGAUAAAUUUGUUGAUUGUCAUAGAAUACAAUUAGUUCGCAGAUGAAAACCGGGAAGUAUCUAUCAAAAGUCAAUGGUUGUUGUUACGUUUCUUUCUGAUUAAUCGUCCCAGAACCUACUCAUGUGUCAAACAGAAUAGGCUAUUAAGGGGUGUAA